CAUACGAUCUUGUACACUAAGCAAGCACCGUUCUUAUUACCAAAAUGAAAUUCUUCAUUGCCUUCGCCGCCCUCGUCGUUGCCGCUUCGGCCCUUACUCCUGAAAGGAAAGCUGAAGUUGAUGCCAUCGGCCAAGAAUGCUUGACAUCCAGCGGUGUUGAAAGGCCAAAAGUUGCCGAUCUUCGUAAAGGCGUUUUCGCUGACGACGACAAUUUGAAGAAGUUCAUUAGUUGCGUAUUCAUUAAGACUGGAGGAAUGAACGCUGACGGUACCUUCAACAAGGAAACCAUCAAGAAAGAUUUUGGUGAACGUAAAGAAGUUCUUGAUGCUGCUCUCCUUUGCACUGACUCCCAUGGAGCUACCGUUGACGAAACCGCAUACUUGGCCUACAAAUGCUUCAGAACCAACGCUCCAACUGAUUACAAACCAAAUUGGUAAUUUUAGAACUGUGCAAUUACUAUGAUGAAGAGAUCUUUAUUUGAUUGAAUAAAUAAAUAUGGUUUUUUAAUAAAUUUGUGAUUUUUAUAAA